UGUUCAGACGAGAAGUCAUCAAAAUGAUCAAAAUCCUGUACGAGAUAUUUACGAAAGUGGAAUGCGAAAACGUUCUUCGCAAAUAUUGCGAGCCAGAAGGUGCGGAUGUGAUUGCAUACAAGGUAAAACCGUUAUCGGAUAAGGUUCAAGGAUUUAUGGGUCAACACUACUUACUGGAAAUAACAUUUUCCAUUCCAAAAUCGGGGAACAAUGAGAUCCAAGGCUUCUUUUUAAAAGUCCUCAACGGGACAUCGAAAUUAAUAUUGGAAAUGUGCAUGUCGGUAAGGGCUUACGAAAAAGAGGAAUUUCACUAUAAUUUUCUGCAAAGGGAAUAUUUGAAAGAAAACAUAGAUAUAUCUUAUGGACCUCGUCUGUAUUUCUGCAAACCAUACAAAUUAGUAUUAGAAGAUUUAUGCCUACGUGGAUUCACGACGCGGAACAAGUAUGAUCAAUUCAGUUUGGACGAGUGUAAAGUUGUGCUGAAGAAUUUAGCUACAUUCCACAGUAGCUUUAUUAUCUACGAAAAGCGUAAAUCGGUAUGUCUUUUAGACUCGUACCCUGAAUGUCUGGAGGAUAGAAUAUUUACUACGGAAGUUACUUGUGGAUCAACUUGGAUUCGCUGCUCAAUCGAUGGUUUGGUUAAAAUUGUGGAUCAUAUAGACAUCAUCAGCGAGUUGGAAAAAAAUACUUUGAAAUCUGAUAUAAUGGAAGUGUACCAGAAGACUUGCGAUAAGCAAGUGAAUAGGAAAUGUCUGAAUACAAUUUUGCACGCCGAUUUAUGGUCGAACAAUUUCUUAUUCAAGUAUAAAGAUGGCAAGGUUACAGAUUGUAUGUUAUUGGAUUACCAGGCCAUCAAGUAUGGGCCUCCAGCUUCCGACGUUAUGCAAAUGAUUAGAACGAACACAAACAGCAAGUUUCGUCAAGACAAUCUCAAUGACUUGCUGAAGUUUUACUACGAGUGUCUUUCAACUUGUUUAUCUAAAGCCGGAUACUCCUGUGAGAACUACUUCACGAUGAAUGAUUUUCUUGAUUCGUGUAAGGAAGUUGACUUGGAUGUCACGUUACAAUCGAUAGCUGGAAGAUCCAUGACAUUCCUGUCAGAAGACGUUAUUGCAGAGUAUGUCGCAACCGAGGAAGCUAAUAGAAAAUUCAUGUUUGAAGAUCGUAGCAAAGUUAUGGUCAAUUCAUUUUUAACAUCGGAUCUCUGCAGGGAAGUUCUUUUAGAUGAUUUAAUGGACUUUAAGAAUACGGUUUCAAAAUAUAAACAUUUAUAAUAUGUCAA